CUUUGCUCUUACGUCACUCCACGAGCAGAGCUGUGCUAAACACGGAUACCGAUGGGAUCUAAGUGGAAUAACCUCUGUAAUCAGAUGCGACUUCUAACUUACUACACAUGGCUGUAUACAUAAAUGCGGUGAUGUGACACGGAACGGAAACACUUUCAGUCAUCCUCUUUCCUCCAUGUAGACAGUACCAUGCCCUUGGGGGAGGGACCAAAGCCGUCUGCUAAAAAUGCAGAGAGGCGUCCAGCUGACAUAUCCGGCAGAACACGUAGAGAAGAGCCUGUGGCUGGUUCUUCCAGCUAUCAAAGACAGGGUUACUGCAGCUGCUGUCAAGUUCUCUACAAUAGUGUGGAACAACAUAUCUUAAGUGCCCAACAUCGAGAAGUGGUACGAGUUUCGAGAGCUAAUGUAUCUUCUGGAAGUUUAUUGGAAAGAUUCCUUCAGGAUGUGCUUCAGCAUCAUCCACACCACUACAGUGAUACGCGACCUACCCAUGCUGAUCUACCUUUGUUAACCACCCCGCUUGUCCCAAAGGAGGUGCUCUCAGAGGUAUACUGUGGAUCAGAUGACGAUGGGGUCUCUGUUGGGACACGAGAAGAGAUGCCUACCUCUGAUGAAGAGUCCUGUCAAAUGCUGCAAGUUGCAACAGCAGCUCCAGCAGUGACAAUUGACCUUACUGCAAAUACAGACUUACAAACUGCUUCCCAAAAAGGAAAAAUGGUGCCUGAACAACCUCCCCCUGAAAAGUAUUCCCCCUCACAGGGUUUUUUGCACAGGACUAGUGGCAGUUCUGCCAACGACAAACUACAUAAAUCACAAUUCACACUACCUGUUCAGAGAGAAAGCUCACAUACACACCCCUCUGGACAUCCUCCUUCAGAGGGUGCACCAGUCUCCAAGACUGGAGCUGUUGAACACAGAAAAGCACACAAGAAAACCAAUAGGGAUAAUGAGGGGAGCGACACCAUUAAAGCUUCCUGUGCCCCACCAGCUGCAAAGUGCAUUACCUCAAAGGACCAACCUGAAACCUUUCGAUCGGUGACUGAGAAUUCCACAAAGUGGAUUUCAGCACUGCCACCUUGGAAAGGCCCCCACAGAGAACAAACAUUCAGUAAUCUGUCUGACCAGAUUCGAGACGUGAUAGAGGAGGUUAUUGAAAAAUACUGUUAUGGUCUCAAAGUGGACCAGCAAGAAGAAGAUGGCAGCUUUCUUUUAAGUCCUCAGUCGGUGAGUGACUCUAAAGGCAGUGAAGAAUGGGACAAUGCAAUACAAGUGGCUCUGGGAAAGACAAAGGGUAAAGAAAAUAAUUUAGCCCAGUUGUUGGAGGUUCAUAUAGACCUUGAAGACCAAACGUACCAGACUCAGCUGGACACAGCCCUUAACACUCUGGGAACACCUGAGGAACCUAAGCAGAAUGCUGAAGACAAUGUGAUUCCUGAUCUUCCCCACAUACCACAGUCUUUUGUUGGUAAAACUUGGACACAAGUGAUGUUUGAAGAUGACAUAAAAAUAGAUUCCAUAGUAAAAGAGUUCCAACAAGGUCAGUUCCGGUGCUAUUUUGAUAGUGAAUCCUUGGCUAUGUUUGGGAAGCACUGUAAGAAAAGAAGAAAAAAUAAGAAGCAGGACAAAAAAGAACAAACAGAAACAGUUGAAUUGAAUCCUACAGACAUAUUGCCGCUCAUUGAACACAACGAAGAAGACCCCAAACAUUCAGCAGUUUUGGUUAGGAAAACUAGGCAAAAAUAUUACAGACAAGCAUCACGUUGUCAAGUGGUGAAAAUAAGCCACGGUACACAGACCAUCCCUCUUAGCUGCCCUAUAGUGCGGUCAAAGCCAACACAAGAAACAUUCCCUUCCGCAUACAAUGAUGAGCCUCAUCAAUGCCCUAGCCCCGAAAGAACCCCUGACAUGAAGACCAGACUCUGUGCCCUGAAGCUUCCAACGUCUUACUGCAAGAUAAUGAGUCCUUUGCAGCCUAAAACUGUGGUCUAUGUACUUUCUUCCCCUGAUGGGGGUCAAGGAAUGUCCAAGCCUACCCCAAUAAAGAAAGCAGGGAGGAAGCGUAAAUCAUGUGAUAGUGAUGGUGGCCUGAAGUACAAAUACAAAAAGACACCUCUUAAAUUUUAUGACCCUUUGACCAAUAGGAUCUUAAAGAGUCCACCAAAAGGCAUGUCUUCACCCCCUAAUUCCAAAUCUCUUUCUCAUGUCCGACAGCUGUUUCGUAGCCUUAGCCCAGAUAUUAAUAAAGAGAGGCAGGGGCAGUCACCAGGAGGUUCUCGGAAGGGUCGUGGUAAAAGAAGCAUGGUUGAUCUAUGUACCACCACCUCUGACUCCAUCCUGGAGAGCGGUGGCCCCUCAGAACCUGGUUCUUCUUUGACUAGCAGUCGAAGAGCAAUUUUUACACGCUCCUCCAUCUCGAGUAGAAGUUGUUUACUUCUCGGACACCUCACGCCAUCUGCCCAUGUAGAUGAUUCAUCCAAAGCACAUUCUCACUCUUGUGCGGGCAGUUCCUAUAAGGUUGGAGGACUGGAACAAGAGGAACGCAUCCAACAAACACCUGUUGACCAAACACCAAUCAGACGUAGCUUGCGGAGAGCUGGACUUUUAACUCCAGCCAAGAGACCAUCGGUACCCCCUUACAGGACCAAGAGAAAGUCAGCCAAACAACAGCGCAAAGUUAAAUCACAAGGCAGUCUCCAGCGAUCUGUUAGCUCUCAUAUAUCUGCAGAAUGUAGGACAUCUCCCAGAAACAAGAGCCCUGGUCGGGCAUCACUGAGAUCAUCAGCUUCCUCGAAUUUGGCAAUUCAGCCAGUUAUUACAUCCUCUUCUAAACAAAUAAAUACAAUGCUCAGUGCCAGUCAGCAGAAGAGAGGGAGGGGGAGGACCGCCACUGUACAUACAGCAGACUGAACGUUAUCAGACACCAGCCAUGAGCAUAAGCUGUCUUCUGUUCUCUAAAUGCUGUAUAGUUUUGCACAGUUGAAUUUCAGCAGACUGUUUCUAGUUGAAGUUCAUUUUUUGUCUGUAUGUUAAUUUGUCAUAAGCAUUUUUGUAACUUGUAACAAGAAUAUUUUUUAGGUUUAUAAUGGGGUAUUUUCUCAAAGGUUGAUAUUGAUGGUUGUAAAUUAAAUUUAUAAAUCAUAUAUUUGUCUUUCA